AUGGGCAAAAAGAGAUCAGCUCCUAAUGCAGGUUCUAGUGGAGCAUCAGUUGGCAAAAAGUCCAAGUCAGCAAAUAAUGCAGAAUUGAAGAAGAGGCUCGAGGAUAAUGGAAUCUUUCAGUCAAAGAAAGAAAAAAUCCUGAAGGACUUCCUCUAUCCCGUCUCAGAAUCCGAAUUCUUUUCAUCAAUUUACGAAAAAACGCACAAAUUAUUCAUCCGCCCCAAACUCGCAUCCAACGCGUCAUCCCUUUUCAACAAAGAGCGAUUCGAGGCGAUCUCGAAAACAGAGCAGCUUACGGCCUUCCGCGAUUUCACGCUUUUGCGAAACGAAAAUGGCGAGAGCACGGCGUACGACCUGGCAGCAUAUGAUGGAACUCCCAAGGAUUUCGUGGCCUACGCGAAUGUAAUGCGAAUCGUGAACGAUGAAGGGUACACAUUGGAUUUCAAUCAACCACAACGCUUUUGCGAUGAUCUGUGGCGAGUUAUUGCCGAUCUUGAAGAGACCUUCCAGUCCCUCGUUGGAGCAAAAGUUCGCAUCUCGCCCGCGAAAUCGAAACCCCUGCCACCCGUAUUCAACUCCACCGACUCCUUUAUCCAGCAGCUUAAUGGAAAAAGCUCGAUUAAAUUAUGGAAGGCGUCCGAGAUCGAUCUUCCUCCAGAGCAGACGAUAGAAGAAUUCAGAGAGGAUGAAAUGCGCGAUGCAGAUGAAACGCUGGUGCUCUCGCCCGGGGACAUGUUGUAUAUUCCUCGAGGCGCCGUGUUUUCAUCUACGCUUGGAGUCGAAAACGAGUCAAGCACCUUCAUUCAGUUUACGACCAACAAUCAGAACACAGUUGCGCAAUGGUUGAAUGUCAAUUUUUCAACCUUCUUAGACAAGGCUGCGUACGAAGCCAGAUGGUUGCGAGAAGCAGUGUCCAGAUCUAUCAGCACGAACGCGGAGAAACGGGAUUACUUGAAGGGCUUGUUGCUCAAACUAGCGGAGAGUGUUUCGGAUGAAAAUGUGCCAGAAGAAGAUCCGAUGCGAAAGGACUUCUUUGCUCACAGAUUGCCACCAUACAAAGAACCAAAAACGUUUGGCAAGAUGAAAAGCUUCGAUCUCAACUGCUCAGUUCGUCUUAGCACAAAGAAGCACAUUUACAUCUUCGAAGACGACCACGACGAUGACAAUGCCGAUGAAAUUCCGGAAUUGGUCGAGAGCGACUUUGAGGACGAGCCAGGCAACAACGAAGAGAACGGUAAAAAUGGCGGGGAGAUGAGUGAGAUUGAGAGAAUUGCUGGGAACAUGCCCAAAGAAGGAGACAUGGAGGAGGAUAAUAAAAGCGACUUGGAGCCAGAGAGCGAAGAAGAAGCAGAAGUAUUCCUACUUCACUCGUGGCAGAAUGAAAGACGAACGCACAUGAUUAGGCAGCGGAUAAUCGCUUAA